UUCAGCCUUCACACAUCUUUGGCUAGCUGGCUGUCAGUAAAGGCAUGCAAACUCGAUUUUUACGUUAUUUUGCAGUCACAAAGCUUUGAUUUAUGGAGAAAGAGUUAUAUUAUUUUGUUAUCACUAAUAGACUCUUGAACUGAUUAUUGUAAUAAUGGGUGGGAAGAAAAAGAAGUCAGCAGCAGUGCCCACGGGUGCCCAGCCGGCUCCUGCAGCAACUGUGAAUGCAUCCAAUAUAGCGUUUGAAUCUACAGGCAAAAAACAACAACAAAGACCAAAUAAUGAGAAAUCAGCCUCGAAAGAAAGCAAGCCAAAAGGUCCCAAAACAUAUAGUCUAAACACUAACACACAGACUGACACAAGUGGGGUGUCUGAUAAAUCAAUCCUAAAAGUUGUAAUCCAGCCAGAACUGGAGAAAAAGGUGAUCAAGUUGAUCAAUGAUUACAGACAAGAAUAUGCAGAUAAGGGACCAAUAUCUGGGAGACUCACAACCAAAAAGUUGCUGGAUUUGUACAGUGCUCUUCAGAAGUUUCACUUUAAGACAGAACACAUAGAGGAGGCCAUGAAGAGCAGUGUGCUGUAUGGAGGAGAUCUGCACUCGGCACUCGACUGGCUUUGUCUGAAUCUCCGAGACGAUGAGCUACCAGAAGGAUUCAGCCAAAAGAUGCAGGAGGAGAAACAGAAGACUCGGCCCACGUUCCAGCCUCCAAAAGAGGACAGAACCCCACUAGCAGCCAAUAAAGACGCACCUAAAGAAGAGGAGAAACCCAAGCCAAAAACUCCAGUAAAAGAAGCCAGUGUCAGUAUGAAGGAGUGGAUACUACGCUACGCUGAGCAAUCUGAUGAUCAGAGCAGUGAAGAUGAUGAAAGCAAUGACAUGAGAAAAGAUAACCCUGAGCUGGAGGAGAAGUUUGAUCCUAAUGACAGAUACCUGGUGCUGGCCGCACAGCUGGAUGAUGCUAAAGAGAUGGCAGCACAAUCUAAAGCCAAGAAAGACAAAGCAGGACAGAGGACAGCACAAGACCGCAUCAGAGUCAUCCAGCAAGAAAUGAAGCCUUUAGAGUCUCAUCCAAUGUUUAAUCCUGCUAUUAAAGUUAAAGACACCCCUAAAGAGGAAAAGAAGCAAGUUUCAGUGACUGACAGAAAGGAGGAACUUAAUUUUAGUCUCUUUGAGCAGACAAAUGCACCGCCAGCAGCAGCAGAAAAAAGUACAAGAACGGAAACGAAGAAAGAGCCCAAAGACAUCCGUAACUUUGACUACACAUCCAGAAGCUGGACCGGCAAGUCACCCAAACAGUUUCUGAUCGACUGGUGCAGAAAGAACCUGCCGAAGAGCCCGCCACCAUCAUUUGAGAAAAAAGCAGUCGGGAAAUAUUGGAAAUGCAGGGUUCGGGUUCAGAGGCCUAAUGAUGUUCUGGAGGUGUGUCCCACUAUCCUAACUGAAGAUGGGAUGCAGGCACAUCACUUAGGAGCGACCUUGGCCCUUUAUGACCUUGUCAAAGGACAGUCGGUGCAUCAACUGCUCCCACCCACUUACCGCGACGUGUGGCUCGAGUGGCGUGACAGUGAACAAAAAGAGGAGGAGCAAAGCCGCUGCGCCAUCAACAAACCACGUGACCAGUUCAUCGCACGUCUGCUCACCCACCUCAAACAGCAACAGGGCAACCAACCACAGGGCGACCCGCAGGACACCAACCGGGAUGCUGGAGAUGAACCAGAAGACUCCUGGGAGAACCUGGACUUUCAGGAAGACGUUGAGCCCCAGCGUGGACAAGGCCUCGUGGCAGAGGAGGCGUCCCGGAGGCUGUUCCUUAAACUGCAAGGCUCGGCUGUGGCUCGCAGACUUCUGGUGGAGAGGCAACAGCUGCCCGUCUAUCAGCACCGCCAGAAGGUGCUGGAUGCUUUGCGGCGGCACCGCGUGGUGGUUGUCGCCGGAGAGACAGGAAGCGGGAAGAGCACCCAGAUUCCUCAAUUUAUCUUGGAGGAUCUCCUGGCUGGUGGAGGUGGCGCUCAGCCGUGCAAUGUGGUGGUGACGCAGCCCAGGAGGAUCUCAGCCAUGAGUCUGGCCAGCAGGGUGUCGCAGGAGCUGGGCAGUGAGGAGGGACCAGGAAGCAAGAAUUCACUGUGUGGAUAUCAAAUCCGGAUGGAGAACCGCUCUGGGGAGACAACACGACUGCUGUACUGCACUACUGGAGUUUUACUGCGAAAACUGCAACAGGAUCAGCUCCUUAGUUCUCUCACGCACAUCAUCGUGGAUGAGGUUCAUGAGCGCAGUGUACAAUCAGAUUUUCUCCUCACUAUACUCAAAGAAGUCGUCCAGAAGCGAUCUGACCUCCGGCUGAUCUUGAUGAGCGCCACGGUCGACUGCCAAAAGUUUGCCAACUACUUUAACCGCUGCCCAGUGGUCACCAUACCAGGCAGAACAUUCCCUGUGGAGGUAUUUCACCUGGAUGAUAUUGUGGAGGAGACAGGCUAUGUUCUGGACCAGGACUCAGAGUACAGUCAGAAGUUUGUGGAAGAAGAAGAGGAGGUGAACAUCACCAUCACACAGAAAGGAGGAAAAACUCAUCAGCACCAGGAGGUUAUCAUGAGGGAUUCUGGCUCAGGUUGUGAUCUGGGACCCGAGUUUGAUCACUUCAGCAGUCGGACCCGCCGUGUCCUGCAGUACAUGAACCCCAAUAAAAUCAACAUGGAUCUGAUUCUAGACCUGCUGGCAUACCUGGACAAGUCACCUCAGUUUCGUGAUGUGGAAGGUGCAGUUCUGAUCUUCCUCCCAGGUCUGGCUCAUAUUCAACAGCUGUAUGAUUUGCUGACCACAGACAGACGCUUCAGCUCAAAGGACAGAUACAAGCUAGUAGCUCUUCACUCCACGCUAUCGUCUCAGGACCAGUCUGCUGCGUUUACAGUGCCCCCUGCUGGAGUCAGGAAGAUCUUGCUAUCUACAAACAUCGCUGAGACAGGCGUCACUAUUCCAGAUGUUGUGUUUGUCAUCGACACUGGAAAAACAAAAGAAAAUCGAUACCACGAAAGCAGUCAGAUGAGCUCACUCGUGGAGACAUUUGUUAGUAAAGCGAGCGCUCUGCAGAGACAAGGCAGGGCGGGGCGGGUCAGAGAGGGCUUCUGUUUUCGCCUCUAUCCCAAAUUUAGGUUUGAUAGCUUCAUAGACUACUCCAUACCGGAGAUCCUGAGGGUGCCUUUGGAGGAGCUUUGCCUUCAUAUUAUGAAGUGUGAAUACGGUUCACCAGAGAGUUUCCUGUGUCAAGCUCUGGACCCCCCACAGCAGCAGGCCGUGUGCAACGCUGUCAGUCUGCUGAGGAAGAUCGGCGCCUGUCAGCAAGAUAGCCACACCCUCACACCGCUCGGCCAUCACCUGGCAACCCUGCCUGUCAAUGUCAAGAUUGGGAAGAUGCUCAUAUUUGGUGCUAUUUUUGGUUGCCUUGAACCUAUUGCCACUAUAGCAGCGGCCAUGUCGGAGAAGUCACCCUUCUCUACACCAAUGAGCAGAAAGGAUGAAGCCAACCUGGCUAAAUUUGCUCUGGCAGUCGCCCACUCGGAUCACAUGACCAUCUACAACGCUUAUCUCGGGUGGAAGAUUGCACGAAGUGAAGGAACACGAGCUGAGAUGACCUAUUGUAGGAAACACUUCUUGAACCGCACUGCCCUCAUGACCAUGGAGGAUGUAAAGCAGGAACUCAUCAGGAUGGUGCAGCAGGCCGGUUUCAUUGCUUCUAAGACUGGCAGAGCUCCUCGUUCUCGGCCCGGCACUGACUCUAAAGCCCUGGGUCCGCUCUCCAAGCAGGACAUCUCUGUUCUUAGCGCCGUGCUGGCAGCGGGUCUAUACGACAACGUGGGCCGUAUUCUCUGCUCUCCCUCUCCGGACGUUCAGGAGCGUGUGAUGUGUGUGGUGGAGACGGCUCAGGGGAAGGCAAACGUUCACCCCUCCUCAGUGAACCGCUACCUGCAGACUCACGGUUGGCUCCUCUUCCAGGAAAAGGUGAAAUACUCCAAAGUGUUUCUUAGAGAAACAACCUUGAUCUCCCCUUUAUCGAUGCUGUUGUUCGGAGGCGAUAUUGACGUACAGCACCGUGAGAGACUAGUUUCUCUGGAUGGAUGGAUCUACUUCCAGGCUCCGGUCAGAGUUGGUGUUAUCUUCAAACACCUCCGCAAGCUGAUCGACUCCCUCCUGGAGAGGAAACUGGCCAACCCCGAAAUGAAUUUGGAAGAUGAGAAGACCAUACAGAUGAUCAUAGAGUUGAUAAAGUCAGACAACAGACUCUGAAUUGGAGCUUUUUGUAUACGACAAUGAAAAGAUUACAUCCAGUGUUGACAAACCUCCACGAAGCGUUGGAGUUUGUAAAUUAAAAACCAGAAUAAAAAUAUUUUAACAC